UAUUUUGUUGUCGCACUGAAAGUCGAAGUCAGAACACAUAAAAUAUGAUUGAAAUAACCUGCAACGAUCGUCUGGGCAAAAAGGUGCGUGUUAAAUGCAAUCCCGACGACACAGUUGGCGACCUCAAAAAACUGAUUGCGGCGCAGACGGGCACAAAACACGAGAAGAUUGUUCUGAAAAAAUGGUACACAAUUUACAAGGAUCCAAUUCGCCUAUCUGAUUAUGAAAUCCAUGACGGAAUGAACUUGGAGCUGUAUUACCAAUAAUGCGAUGAGCCAAAUGAAAUCAUAAAUAAAUCUUUUUUACUGUCCACUAUUAAUAUAUUAAAUAAAUACGUACGCGUAAAC